CAAUUCAUAAUUUCGUCGACGAUAAGCUUUCUUUGAGGUUUUAGCCUAAAAUAUGGCCAAAAUAUCUAACCCGACCAAGGAGGCUCGUGCGAUAAUACACGACGAGUCGCACACUGACCAUGUGGGUUCGUCCAAAAUCAUCGUCACCUUCGUUCUCGGUACCAUCAUCGUAUCCAAUGUGAUCAUGGCCGCAUUCACUGUCAGGGUCGGUGUUUUGAUGGUCUUUGUGUGUGGAGUCGUAUUCACAUCGUGGAAUUUGGACGUUUUAGUAAACAAGCAAGACUUUAAUCAUGGCAGAAAACAAAUCAUCAAUAGUGACAUCGAUGACCACCUGACAACUAGCAAUGGCGAUAAAAAGGAGAAUGUGAUUAGCGGAGGGAAUCUUCAAAGCAUAAAUCUAACCAAUGUGGAACCUGGACAAAGAAUGGUGAUAUCUGAUAAAGUUCCAGGAUAUGUUGGAGACCCGAUCUAUCCGUUCGAGGAAGAAAACACUGGUGAAGAAAGUGAGAAUGAUGAUGAUGGAUCAAGAUCAGAUCAUGAUAAUGUGAUAACAAACAAUUCCUCUCAUCAAGAUAUAAAGACAUUCUUCACGGCAGUUCAGACAACGUUCAAAGACGUUCAAAUUUUACCAAACCGGUCUAUUCCGACGCUUGAAUUUCUUGAUGCCUGUCUCAAUGCAGUUCAGAUACUCAAAAAUAUGAGAAGAGCAAUAUUUGAUCGGGUGGAGGCUGAUGUACAAGGAAAUAUAAAGAAAAUUCGUGAUAACUACAAUAGUCAUCCAGAUGAAAGCUAUACUCUUCAGUCUAUGAUCUUACAUGAUGUAGAAGAGUUAGAAAUACUAAACAACGAUCCAGACUAUUAUGCAACAUCAACCAUUCUUGCCCUGAAAUGGCUCGUCAGAGCAUUUCGAUUUAUAUCAAGGUUCAUGAAAUAUAUCAUCGAGGGACGAGAUCAGAUUCAGAGCGCUAAUAAAGCCUAUGAUGAGACGCUAAAAAUGCAUCAUGGGUUUAUCGCCAGGGCGAUUUUUAAGACUGCAUUCUUGACACUUUCAACUCGACGUGACUUCCUGAAAGAAUUUGCAUUGAACGAGGCUGACUUCGCUAGACCCGAUUUUGAAGAAAAAGUCAUCGCAGAUUCCCGGGAUUAUUUCAUCGCCUUAGAUGAGAGAUUGGAAAUCAUCGAAAGAUUCUUUUUACAGCAUGAUAUAGAACUUUAAUCAUCUUGAAUAUUAUAUCGUCAUAUUAUUUUAUGCGCUCUUUUUAUGCUGAAUGAACUGCUGCUUUUGAAGUAUAUGAUGCUCUUGUUUUUUACAUAUAUAUAUUCAUAAAAUGAUUUUUAAAUUCAUAAUCAUUCACACGCGAUCAGUUGCCUACGAUGUGUUGUGAUUUUUUAUCAACAUAAAAAUGUGUUCUAAACUUGUAAUCUGUAUUCGUAAAUAUAGCCUGUAUACAAGAACAUUGAACUAACAUAUAUGAAAAGAGAAGGUAAAUAUACAGAUAGAUGGAUGAGUGGAACCGGGGAAUGGAUAGUACUUUCAACAUUGCUACUGCAUUUUAGUCUGAACAUAUUAGUCCAUUUGCAUUAAUGCAGAAAUUACAUGAAAAAAUAUUCCACUCAGGUUACAGAUGUUUUUUUUUCUCUCACGCCCUUAGUUAUUUUAUACUGUUUAUAGCAUUUACUCAUCUUUUCUGCAACUCUUAUGUCAUAAUAUUGUAUACCUCUUACUUUUUUUCAAUGUUGUGUUUUACUAAUAUGUUGAUUUGUGUUUUGUUUUGGCGUUGAUAAUGUAUCCGCAAGGCCACAUCGAAUACCAUAUCUUUUCAAAGGGAUACCGAGAAAAAAAAAUAGAAUAGAAAUAUACAUGUAGAUAGAUUAGAUAGAUACACUACAGACCUAUUUCUAUUUUAGGUGGAGAUGGUAUAAACAUUUCUCAUAGAGCCCUAUAGACUUGCCAUAUUUAUAUAUUUCUAAAUACACUGCAUACAAUUCAUAAUCACUAUUAAUACUGAAUUUUUAAAAAAUUAUAACAAUAUUCCUAUCAUCUCUGUAUUUGAAAAUAAAGUUAGGUACACCAUGUUCUGAAAUAUUACUGUUAUUAGCCCAAGAAUGUACUAAUCAUGAUGGCAAUUAUUUAUGUGCCAAAAUAUAUAUUUACCAAAUAAAGGAUAAUGAAUUUGAAUAAAAAAAUAUUGCCACUGAUGUAAGGAAAAGUGUUGUUUAUAACUUUUAAUUUUAUUUCCAAUAAUAUAUCAUCAAAGUCACUAAAGAAGAAAGGGAAUAAGUGAAGAGCGAGAAACAAAGUGUGUGUGCAAGAGAGAGAUAUGAGAAAUAAAGACAGAUAGCGACGUAGAGAGAGAUAUAGUGGAAGACGGUGGAUGAGAGAAUGCAAAUAAAAAGAA